AUGAUAUCACUACUUGAAAAAAUAUUACUAUUUAUCACAUUACUUACUAAAUGGGUGUCAUCCAAUCUUCCUGAUUGUAAAAUGAGUUAUGUUGCACCUACAUCUCCUGGAUUUACAUAUUAUCUAUAUGAAAUCCCCCUCAAUGGUGUUCCAUAUUACUUUGAUGAUCUGUCACCUUUACAAAUGGUUUACAAAUUCUAUAUUCUGGGCCAACCAAUAUAUCAAAGUACGACUUUAAACAUGGCAUUUCGAUUAAAUCAAUAUAUCGAUAAUGAAACUAUUAUGCAGGGUACCCUUUACGGGAAUUCGAUUACUAUUACGAAUUUUUCAAUGGUAGCAAAUGCCUGGAUCAGAGUAGAUAAAACUGGAUACUAUACUUUCAUUAUUGAUGCAGAUUAUGCAGCUGCGAUGUUUAUCGCUAAUGAUUCGGCUAUUUUGUGUACUUCAGAUCCUUUCUCAGCUCCUGGUUUCAAUCUCUUUUACAUUUCUAGUUCAGUGACUCAACCGAAGCAAGAAAGAACGACUGGUACUAUCCUAUUAUAUGCUGGUAUACCAUAUGAAAUGGGACUGAGUUAUAUACACCCUUUUGGAACGCCAAAUUUUCAAGUAUCAGUAAUCGACCCUGAAGGGCAAUACCAUCCCGAUAUUUCAUACUUACUUUCUACACUUAACGUCUAUUCUAAUGGUGUACAACCGACACUGGACUACGAACUUGUAAACGUUACCUCAGCUGACGGUUACAGUGGUCUUAGUACAACUCUAAUUUCGGUUACGUCAGAGGCUACCAGUUCUAUCGGAGGUAAGCUAACCGUGACAAGUAUUUACUACAUCGGUACACCCACAGUAUCGAGCCAAAUUUCAAGUGUAUUAACUAGCAGUAGAACUAUUGAUAACUCAACCAAUAUGAUCAAUAGUACACCUGAUUCUGUGACAUCUCAAUUGACCACAACGGUGGAAGUUAUUCCUUCAUCAGGUAGUCUAAAUCCUAUAAGUUAUAUCCCUUCUUCUCUAAACACUACUACCUCAAUUUCUCAAACUGUAUUUUCAAAUUCAUCUCAAGGAAGUAAUGGAGAAAGUAGUGUGCCUAUUGUUCCUUCCAACGUUUCUUCCCAAAGUAAAUCAGAAAACUAUACAAACAGUAACACGUCUUUAUCGCCAAGUGUAUCUGCGUCACUAUUGCCAGGAGCAUCAUUGCAGUCUUCUGUGACUAAAGGGCAAUAUAUGUGGUCGGAAUCCGUUGCAUCAGACCAAUCUACUACAACUGCUGCUAUUCAAGGAACAGCAGUAUCUAGAAUAUUUACGAACACUUCAGUUGAAUCUCUCACUUCUUUAGGUGAUACAGUUCUAAGUGGGUCUUUGACAGUUUUCAGUUCUGAAAUAGGAAUGGAUACUUCUGAGAAUAGAGAUCAAUCUUCUGUGCAUUCAGAUGACAUCAGGACCAUUUUGUCAAGUUCAAUAUUGUUAUCAUCGGGUAUUGAGAAUAUAGCAAACACAUCCACAUUAUAUAUGUCAAAGGACGGUAGUAAAUCAAGUUUGUUUGAAAUAAUUCCCCAGCCAGAAUAUCCAUACGUAUCUACUCAGACAGUUUUAGAUCAAACGUAUGUUGUUGUUGUUAUUCAAUGUUCCAGAUGUUCUAAUGGUAUACAAACAGUUACACGUGAAUACCUAUCUGAUAAUAACAACAUUAUUGCGACCAAUGCUCCCGAUUUAAUUACCCACCCAGAUCAUAUUUCAAUUGGAUCUAGAAUCGUACCUGGUAUUAACGUAGGGGAUGUAAAACCUACAAAUGUUGAUAUCUCUUCUACUGUAAUUCCAAGUGUACCAAUGGUGACAAUCAUAUCUGAAAGUUCAGUCUCCGUACCGGUAAAAGAGACUUCCGAUGUUUCUGUUCUUUCCCAAAUACCUGAUUUGCAAAAUGUAGCUGCUUUCUUGGGGAUAGGUCACCUCUCAAGCUGGUUUAUGUGUAUUGUUUUCGUUAUUGUAUUAUCGUUUUAA